AUGGGCUACAGAAUUAUCCUGGGAAGACCAUGGCUGCACGGGAUGAAAGUUGUGCCAUCGACAUAUCAUCAGUUGCUUAAAUUCUCAACUCUCGAGGGGAUCAACCAAACAAGAGGUGACCAACCGGCGGCAAGGGAGAUGAAUGCGAUUUCAGUCUCCGGUAGCAAAGGGAAAGAACAUGCGGUACCAGAAGAGACGGACGCAACAAAGUCCACAACGGAAGAGUUUGAGCAAUUCGCAUUGUUCGAAAAGUUCUUGGAGAGGAAAUUCCACUUGGAGACAGGACUGCACCCCGAGCUCAGCUCUGAAUAUGACAGGUAUCCCAACGGAAGUGGUCGUACACAAGAUAAGCCUGGAUCUCAACAUUCCUCCGGUAAGACAGAAAAAACGUCCAUUGUCGAGGCCAGAAAUAAAUUCGUCAAAGAGGAGGUAACUCGUUUACUCGGUAUCGGUUCUAUUCGAGAGGUAAAGUAUUCGGACUGGCUAGCUAACGUAGUAGUAGUUCCUAAGAAGAAGAAUAAAUUUCGCAUGUGUGUAGACUACAAGGACUUGAAUAAGGUGUGUCAAAAGGAUUCGUUCCUAUUGCCAAACAUCAAUCAAAUGAUUGAUGCAACAGCCAGGAACGAGUUAAUGAGUUUACUCGAUGCUUACUACGGGCUAAAGAGCGCCAGAGCCACUUAUCAACGGCUUGUAAACAAAAUGUUUGAAAGGCAAAUAGGGAAAACCAUGAAAGUUUAUAUAGACGAUAUGCUUGUUAAGUCUUUGAAUUCAAGUGAUCAUCUUAAACACUUGCAAGAGACUUUUGACAUCCUAAGGAAGCAUAACAUGCAGCUCAACCCUGAGAAGUGUGCGUUCGGGGUUAGUUCCAGUUCAUUUCCGGCCUUCAGAGAAAAGCCAUCAUUUUUUUUCGUUACUCAAGAAGAAGAACAACUUCGAAUGGACCUCGGAAUGUCAGCAUGCCUUAAGGGAUUUGAAAAGUUACUUGUCAAGUCCUCCAUUAUUAUCAAAGCCGAAGGAAGGCAAAAAAUUAUUAAUCUAUUUAGCAGUCUCAGAGGUAACAGUAAGCGCCAUUUAGACUAUGAGAGCGAAGGUACGCAAUCUCCAAUUUAUUACGUUCGUAAAAUUUUAGCAGGAGCAGAAACUCACUACCCGCAUUUGGAUAUGUUGGCCUUAGCCCUCGUAGUCGCCGCUCAAAAACUAAGGACUUAUGUCCAAUAUCACCCCAGAGCAGUGGUGACCACCUUUCCCUUGCGGAAUAUCCUUCAUAAACCCAAACUUUCAGCUAGGACUCGAAUUGGCCCGAGGAUAGAUUCUAAGGUCAUAGAAAUCAAAUGCGACUCCCAGCUAGUGGUGAAUCAGGUCUACGGGAUCUUUGAAGCCAAAGGGGAACGGAUGCAACAUUACGUAGCAAAGGUUCAGGCUCUGUUUGCUCGGUUCCGGGAGUGGUCAAUUACUCAUAUCCCAAGGAAAGAAAAUGCAAAAGCAGAAGCAUUAGCUAACCUUAGCUCAUCAACAAAAAUGAAGGGGCCGGACUCCGGUAUGAUCGUACAGCUUAUGCUUCUGGAUGCAGAUAACUAUUAUGAGGUGAACGCGACUAAUUUGGUCUGGGACUGGAGGAAUGAGAUCAUUGAUUACAUCGAUCACGGAAAGAUGCCUGAAGAUCCUAAGUCAUCCCGGGCACUACGCCAAAGCAGCACAAUAUAG